AUGGAGUUAGAAGAGAAAGAGGCAAAGUCUGGGUCUGAUUCAAUUCAGCAAGCGUCUGUUGAGCAGCAGCAGCAGCAGCAGCAGCAGCAGUCUGGUAGUGAGGAAGUGGGAGUGAAGAAAUAUGGACAGAUGUCUAUAGUGGAUUUCAAGAAUGUUAAGGUUCAUUCGCCGGAGACUAGCAGUGGCAAGAGCAAUGGAGGGAUAGCGGAGCCUAUUUCCAGGAGGAGGUCGAGUAGGGUUGUUGUGAAGAGGAAGGACGAUAGUGAUGAGGAGCCUGAGCAUUCUAGGAAGAAGCGGGCUUAUAAUCGGAAGGUUGUUGUGAAGGAAGACAAGAGCAAGAAGAAGAGUAAGGCGAAGAAGAAGACUGGAGAAAGCAAGGCCGGUGUCAAGGACAAGGAUAAGAGCAAGGAGAAUGAUAAGAAUAAGGAGAUGGAGAAGGACAAUGCCUCGAGUAAAAAACGCACGACUACCUCGAAACCAAAGGCGAGUGCUGGGGCAAAAACUGGCGCCAAGGAAAACGCGAAGGAAAACGCGAAGGAAGACUCUAAGGUUAAGGCAACUGGUGGUGCCUCUGCUCCGGCUUCAAAAUCUUCUACACCAAAAAAAAGUAGUGAUACUGCUAAGAAGAACUCGCCAAAACCAUCUGGCUCUACAGAGAAGAAAAAGGACGGGAAAGUUUCCCCUGAGGAAGCUCUGAAAAAAUCCAAAACGGCUUCUAAACCAGCACCCUCGUUGAGUUUGGCUGUAAACCCAAUCUUGCUCGAAAACUGGGCUCCUCAGGUCCCCUUAUCUUCGUCGGAUUUCAAGACACAGAACUCGGUGUUAUCCCGUUUGAAAUUCCCCCAUAUGAAAAAGGUGCAUUAUGCGAAGGACUUGAUAUACGUGUUGUCGUUCAUUAACAAAUUCCACAAAUUCCUGCCUAAAGAUCUAUGGCCAUUGUCUAUUCAGGACUUGGAGAUUGGGCUUGACGUGUAUGCAGAAAAUAUGGACGAAGAACAAAUCCAACAGCAAUACUACGCUGAUUAUAUAUCAGCAAAGGAAAUAAGACGUUGUCAGGAUCAUGCUAACCUCCUUUACGUGAUAUUGAUGGAAUUGACUUUGAACCGUAAGUCUUAUAGCACUUUGCAGACUUUACAAACGUCGAUAAAACCAUAUAAAUCAAUUAUCGAGCUCAGGCAAAAGAGCGUGGAAUUCGGGUACCCAAAAGAAUGGAAAGUGGCAUCAACUCUUACUGCGGAAAGAACUAAAGUCUUUGAGAAGGAUGAUGUGGAGCCAGUAGACCCUUCGCAUCCGGAAAUUUUGACUCCAAACGUUUACAAAUGGCAAGAACAACUUAUUGUGCCUAUUGAAGAAGACCCUAUGCAUAAUCCGGAUCUUGAACGUCUUGGACUUCUCGCUUUACAACCUGCGGACAGAGUCGUACUACUAAGAACGUUGACCCAAUGGUGUAUAUCAUAUUCUGAAAAGAUACACGCAGAAGUAUAUCGUCUAUCUCAUCUCAGAAAAGACCCUUCCUUUGGUAUACAGACCUACCAGGCACCAAGACAUUUAGUUUAUGGUAUCGAUGCAACCAAACAGCAUUUCAAAAAACUCUGUACCCUUGUUAAGGAGAGAAUGGAAUUACGUAGAUCGAAGAAACAUGUUAAGAAGCACUUGGAAAAUGGUACUCGUCAAGACCUCUUAGCCAAAUUCGACCUUCUUGAUCAACUUAAAAAGAAAAUGGUUGAAUACAAACAAGAACACAUGCAAACUACUACAGACAAGAAGCAGAAGUUUGAUCCCUUGGACGUUAGCAUCGAGCGUGAUUACGAACAAUGGUCAAAGCUAGUCUUUGAAGAAACACACGACAACGGGCCAAUGGAUAACCCAUACGAGGAUGAAAUAUAUAAGUUGAGAUGUCUCGAAUUUUUCAUUGGAAGAGUUCCCUACAUUGGAGAUUUUUACCUACCAAGGCUACUCACUUAUCAAUCGCCCAAAUCGAAAUACGACAUCCCAACCAACUAUUGCGAUCCGAUAACACUAUUGAAAACGCUUAGAGAUUUUGAAAACGGGGUUAUCACUCCAUUUGAAUUAUUUGGCAAAGGCGGAAAACUCAAUAGUAUGCAAUUUAAAUUGUACUAUCAUGACACCCCUGCAAUGAUUCAUGACCUAUUGAAUAACAAGUCAAAUGACUCUUCAUGUUACUGGUACGAGAUGUGUCACGACAGUGAGUCCCUACAAGACUUUAUCAAGUUGUUGGAGUUCAAGAUAUACAAGGAAGAAGAUCCAAAUAAAAGUAAGAAAACAGCUACGGCUACCAAUACAGCUGCUGCCAAUCCAAACCCAGUUUCCUCUGAACAGCCAUCAAACGACACUGCUACUGAGCCUUCUGCUGAAAAGCAAGACUCUAACAAUGUCACUGAAAGCCCUCAACCUGAAUCUAAGAAGGAAACUCCAAUAUCAAAUACUACUAAACCUCCCGCUAAGUUAGAACCGAUAGAAGGUUUCAACUGCAAUCCACUUCCAAAGGAAUACAAAUAUAACAAGUCGAGGUCAAAGUUGUUGAUACUAAAGGAAUAUCUUCAAAAAAUGGCGUCGUUACUAAGGACUUUUGAACAACUAAAGGCAGAAUACGGUGAUAUGUCUAUUACAGACAGAAAUUUAAGAAGAUCUCAGAGAACUAAGAUAAACUACAAUGAGAGACGUCAAAUAUAUGAUGAUGAAGAAGAGGAGGAGGAAGAGGAGGACAAUGAAGCCGAACACAUGGAAAUUGAACCUACUCCGGAAAACGUAGACGACUACGAUGAUCCGGAGGAGCUCGCGGCAUCUGAACACGAAGAUUUCACGAAAAAUGACGAUGAUCACUCUGAUAACUAUGAAGACGAUGAAGAAGAAGUUGAAGAGGAAUAUGAGAUAGAAUCAGAGGUUGAAGAAGAACCUGUCAAGAAGAGACGCGGUAGACCCCCAAAAAAGAAGCGCGGUAGGCCCCCAAAGAACCCUUCAAAAGUAGUAAAAACGAAAAAGAGGAGAACUAAAUAA